AUGAACUGGGCCGCAGAUAUAAAGGAGGCCGAGGUGAGUGUACUGGGUAUCCGAGAGGGUGCCAAGAUGCAGAACAUAGUGCCGCGAAAGGCACGCAUAUCCUUGUGUAAGCAGAGACUGUUGGAGGCAUUCACACACACGCUUGACGCUUCGGAUGUCAG